AUGACAUCAGAACAAUCCGAUGAUGAUAUUUUUCUUGAUUCAACAAUUAGUAAAACUGAUCCAUUCUUUUUCCCAUCAUCACCAAAAUCUGUAACAACAAAACGUAAUCAUGAGGCAUCACACGAUACGAUAAGUCCAUUGAUACGUCAAAUAAAAUCAGCAUCAUUGUCAAUCGGAGAAAAUGGUGAAAACGAACGAACUAUACAUAAUCGUCGUCGACCAAGUGUUCUGGACGAGAAAGCAUUGCGUGAAGCUGAUACAGAAACAGUUCGUGAACAGCGUAUUGAUGCUAUUAGUAGAAGUUAUCAAGGUAUUUUACAAAGUAUUGGAGAAGACCCAUCACGACAAGGUCUUCUCAAGACAGCGAAGCGUGCUGCUGAAGCAUUGGUAUUUUUUACAAAAGGCUACGAACAAUCGAUCCGAGAUGUUGUCAGCGAUGCUAUCUUUGAUGAGGAAUGCGAAAAUAUGGUUGUGGUAAAAGAAAUCGAUAUGUACUCUUUAUGUGAACAUCAUAUGGUUCCUUUUUUUGGAAAAGUAUCUGUCGGUUAUUUACCAAAUAAACGAGUAUUAGGUUUAAGUAAAAUAGCAAGAAUUGUUGAAGUAUUUAGUCGACGACUACAAGUGCAAGAACGUUUGACACGACAAAUUGCAGAAGCAAUUGCCGAAGCAAUUGAACCGAGAGGCGUAGCUGUCAUUAUUGAAUGUCUACACAUGUGUAUGAUUAUGCGAGGUGCGCAAAAAGUUAAUUCGCGAACAACAACAUCAGCUAUGCUUGGUGAGUUUCGUGAAGAUCCGAAAACUCGAGAAGAAUUUUUAACACUUGGACGCAUUAAACCAUUUUAA